AUGGCUAAUUCGUCUUGUUCUAGCUUAAUGAUUGGUUUGGCCCUCUUUGUCCUCGCAUUGGGGAGUGCCAAUGCAACACUUUCCACUAACCACUACUACAGUUCUUGUCCAAAACUCCUUGACACUGUGAAAUGCACAGUGGAAUCAGCCAUAUCAAAGGAGGCUCGCAUGGGUGCUUCCCUCCUGCGUUUGUUCUUCCACGAUUGCUUUGUUAACGGAUGUGAUGGUUCGAUUCUACUUGAUGACACAUCAAGCUUCACAGGGGAGAAGCAUGCAAAACCCAACAAUAAUUCUGCCCGUGGAUUCGAAGUGAUCGACGCAAUCAAGUCAGCAGUUGAAGAAGUGUGCCCAGGUGUGGUCUCCUGCGCUGAUAUCCUUGCCAUCGCUGCCAGAGACUCUGUUAAUAUCCUUGGAGGCCCAAGUUGGGAUGUGAAACUUGGAAGAAGAGACGCUAGGACAGCUAGCUUAUCCGCUGCUAACAACGGCAUCCCAGCACCCACUUCAAACCUCAACCAACUCAUCUCGAGAUUCAGUGCUCUUGGACUUUCCACCAACGACUUGGUGGCAUUGUCUGGUGGUCAUACAAUUGGACAGGCAAGAUGCACCACUUUUAGAGGCCGCAUAUACAAUGAAACAAACAUAGAUGGGUCCUUUGCACGCAUGAGGCAAUCUAGUUGUCCCAGGUCGACAGGGUCAGGGGACAAUAACCUGGCACCCCUUGAUCUGGAGACACCAACAUCAUUCGACCACCAUUACUUCAAGAACCUCGUUGAGAAAAAAGGGCUCCUCCACUCUGACCAGCAACUCUUCAAUGGCGGCUCCACCGACUCCAUAGUGAGCGACUACAGCACCAACCCCACCUCCUUUUCCUCUGAUUUCGCCACUGCCAUGAUCAAGAUGGGAGAUAUCAGCCCCCUCACUGGCUCCAACGGAGAGAUUAGAAAGAAUUGCAGGAGUGUCAACUAA